GGGGGCUGCGCGCCAGGUGGGAGGACGCGUGCGCAUGCGGACACGCGCGGAGCCGGUGCGACGCGGCGGGCCGGAUAGUGCGCCUGUGCAGCCCGAGCAUCCCGAUGGAGCGCAGUGGCGGUAACGGAGCUGGAGCCCCCUCUGAAGGGGUUGGGCUUGUGAAGGGCUCCUCUCUGUUGCCCGCGAAGUCGACGGAAGCGAGCGCGGGACGAUCCUCACAGUCCACCCCUCGGUUGUCAGGCAUGGAUGGAUUUUUAAAAUCAGAUGAGAGACAAAGAUUAGCUAAGGAGAGACGAGAAGAAAGAGAAAAAUGUCUGGCUGCCCGCGAACAACAGAUCUUGGAGAAGCAGAAAAGAGCCAAGCUUCAGUAUGAGAAACAAAUCGAGGAGCGAUGGAGAAAACUUGAGGAGCAGCGUCAGCGGGAAGAUCAGAAGAGGGCUGCAGUGGAAGAAAAGAGGAAGCAGAAGCUCCGGGAAGAGGAGGAACGCCUGGAAGCAAUGAUGCGCCGGUCUCUGGAGCGUACACAGCAGCUAGAGCUGAAGAAGAAGUGCUCAUGGGCAGGAUCACCGGCCUCAGGGCCUGGAGGACGUGAUGGUGAAUCAGAAAAUACCCCACCCCUUCCUCUAACUUUAGCAGCCAGCACCCUCCCUUCGGACACAGGGACCACUACAGCUGCUGCCGAGUCCACCAACGCAUGUGACAAACUUUCAACAUCAACCAUGAAUUUGCCAAAGCAGACGGAGCCUCCUAUGAAUAAACGCUUGUCUUCAUCCACCGUGGCAAUAUCUUAUUCCCCAGACCGAGCACUUGGCAGCCCUCUUAAGUCUUCAUACAAGUCCUCUCCAACCCGGGCCACUGAGAGAAAGAAAGCUGCACCUAUAUCUGGCAUAGGCGAUACUGGGAAGGGAGCUGUGGCAGGAGCAGAGCCUUCACCAAUGGAGAAAGUGAAGAAGGGACGAGUGACAUCUUCUGUUUCUUCCGGGGGUAUUGGGUCCCCACUGAGAAGAUGUGAGCCUCCUGAAGACAUUCCUAAGAGGUCAUCUUCUCCUGUGAAGUCCAAGGCAACCUCAAAAGCAUAUCCACAGUCUCCGAAGACAGUGAAGCCCCCAUAUAUAGGGUCUCCUGUGAAGUAUCGCUUUCCUCCCAUUCCCGGUGAAGAAACACUCAAGAAGAAGGCAGAGAAGGAAAAGAGUAAUAAGAAAAAAGAAGGUGCCGCUGGUCAGCAAACCACUGACCUACACAGAGAAGAAACCCGAGAGAAGCACAUGGCUGACAAGCAUGCCACUGAGAAGUAUGUAGCUGAUAAGCAUGCCACUGAGAAGCAGUCUGCCACUGGAGGGAACACUGAGCACAGUGCAGGAAAACCCACAGCAGGCACCACUGAUGCAGGGGAGGCUGCAAAGAUCCUCGCUGAAAAGAGACGUCAGGCUCGACUGCAGAAGGAGCAAGAACGACUGGAGAAGGAAGAACAAGAGAGGCUGGAAAAAGAGGAAUUAAAAAGAAAGGUAGAAGAGGAAAGGCUGCUCCUAGAAAAAGCCCGUGAGCAAGAAGAAAAGAAACAGCAGGAAGAAGAGAAAAGAAAGGCAGAAGAGAAGGCAAAACAGAAGGCUGAGGAGGAGUUGUCAAAAGAGAAGCAAGAGAAGGAAAAACAAGAAAAAGAAAUGGAAAAGUCCAUAAUUAAAAAGCAGAAAGAAGCAGCAGAAGCAAAGGCACAGGAGGCCGCCAAACAGAUGCGUUUAGAAAGAGAACAGAUCAUGCUGCAGAUUGAGCAGGAACGACUAGAGAGGAAGAAGAGAAUAGAUGAAAUCAUGAAGAGAACAAGGAAGAGUGAUGCAUCUCUAGAAGUAAAGAAGGAAGGCCCCAAAGUGGAGAUUCAGCCUGUUGCAGAUGUGGAAAAUAAAACAAAACCAAUUGUUCCCAACAAAAUAGAAAUCAAUGCAUUGAACAUCUGCCAGGAAGUAGAAAAUGGUUUGGAGCAUGCUGCUCCAGAAACCUUUCCCCAAGACAUUUUCUCUAAUGGUCUUAAACCAGUUGGGGUGCCUGUUCAUCUGGAUGGCCUUGAUGGGAAAUCAAACAGUCUGGAUGAUUCAACUGAAGAAGUUCAAUCUAUGGAUGUGAGUCCUGUUUCCAAAGAAGAACUUAUCUCCAUCCCAGAAUUUUCACCAAUCAGUGAAAUGAUUCCUGGGAUGUCUCUGGACCAAAAUGGAACUGGUAAUGCCCGAGCACUUCAAGAUAUCUUAGAUUUCACUGGCCCCCCCACAUUCCCCAAGAAAUCCAGCGAAAACCUCAGCCUUGAUGACUGUAACAAAAACCUCAUCGAAGGAUUUAACAGUCCUGGGCAAGAAACUACUCUGAACACCUUCUGUUGACAAAAACAGCAUCCCUUUAAUGAAAGGUGGUGUUUGGAUCACCCAUGAUGCUGUCGGUGAUAAAUCUGAGCUGCUGGCCACCUGAAGAAGCUUCUUUUGCCCUUAACCGCUGGAUUCCAAAUUACUAGAUGAGAAUGAACUGUAUUCCUAGGUAGUUUGGCAAACACUGGCCUCUUGGUAGAAACCUUGAGAUUUUUGCCUUGUGGGGCUUUAGCAAAAUUUCAUUUUAUGGUUCUAUUUAUGAGCUUCAGCUGCUGCUAAAGCACUUUCUUGUCCUUCUGUACUAUCAUAACCUGCGUGAUGCUGCCUGGGAACCUUACUUUAGGACACUCAAAUUCCCAAAGUUGGAGCACAUAGACAGUUAGAUGUCUCUUCCUAUAAAAAUCUUCUAUUUACCCACACUCUAUCUAGUUAAACGUGUACUACUCAACCUGGGCUGCUUAUCUCCCUGUCUUUGGGAUGUGUGUGGGGAGGGGAUCUAGCCACUUUCCCUCUCAGGUUUCUGUUACUUUUAUUAUGAAGCUUCAUCAUCUGCAAAGCAUUACUCCACAUUACUGCUUGGAGGAUAAAGAAAUGUUUGGUUAAACAACUAAUUAAAUAGUGGCAAUUAUUUCUUUCCUAUUAUGGGAACUGAAUCUAGCAAGGACCUUUUCAUGCCACAUCUUUAAAAUCUCCAAAUUCUCACUCCAAACCAUUGAAUGGCUUUUCGGCUGAAUGAAUCAAGUCUCCUGCAGAUGGUUGUUUUCAUGGUUUUGCUCAGUUUUUUUCCCCUAGUGUAUUUUGAAAUUUCUUUUGUUUGUUCCUAUGUUUGCUUAACUGUAAAGAAAAGAGUCACAGUGCUUUGAAAGGGGGCCCCAAGUUGGUCCUGGUAUGUCACUUUAAUAGACUUUAAUGUUAUAAAAAGUCUAAAUGAGGAAAAAUGACACUAGAAUGUAUAACUACAUACAUUUUAUGCCAUACGCUAUAUUUAAUUUUUUUCAUUUCUUGUGGUGAAAUGUAGUUCUGCUAUUAAAAUGACCAUUUAUUUGGAACUUUUUGUUU